CAAAUAAAACAACCAAAACUGUAAUCGAACUCUGUGAUAAGCUCUAAAUAGUCGCCAAAUAGUGUCAGUAAAUCAACAAAUAGUGGCAGGCCGCCACCGCCAGCCAGCGAUAAGUGGUUUCUACUUUUAUACAACACACAAGACAACGGCCAGCAGCGACAGAGAGCGAAACGAUUUGAGCAGCUAUCACAUUCUCAGAAUUUCCACUCAGUUAAGAAGUCGUUUAUCCAACGCUGUAGGUUCACAGAAAUGGGUGACAGCUCGGAUGACGAAUACUUGGGCACGGAAUGGAUUCCGUACAGCGAGCGCGCGGAGUGGGCCGAUAUAGCGCCGCUGGCCCAGGAUGACGGCCCCAACCCAGUGGUAUCCAUAGCCUACAGCCAGAAGUUUCGCGAGGUAUUCGAUUUUAUGCGUGCCAUAAUUGCCAAGGGAGAGAAGAGCCAGCGUGCCUUGGACCUGACCACAGACGCCCUGCGCCUGAAUCCGGCCAACUACACGGUGUGGCAGUACAGGCGCGACAUACUGAGAGAGCUGAAGGCCGAUCUGAACGUGGAGCUGGACUACCUAAGCGAGGUGAUCGGUCAAAACUCGAAGAACUAUCAGGUGUGGCACCACAGGCGCGUCAUUGUCGAGAUGCUGGACGAUGCCAGCAACGAGCUGGAGUUGACGGAGAAUGCCCUGAUAAACGAUGGAGAUGCCAAGAACUAUCACGCCUGGCAGCAUCGCCAGUGGGCCAUACGCACAUUUAACCUCUAUGAUUCCGAGCUGUCUUUUGUGGAUCGCUUGAUCGGUGAGGACCAGCGCAACAAUUCGGCUUGGAAUCAGCGCUUCUUUGUGAUCAAGCACUUGGGCUUCAACCCUAACCUGGUCGAUCAAGAGCUGAUCUACGCUAUGAAUCGCAUUCGCAUCAUCAAAAACAACGAGAGUGCCUGGAACUAUUUGGUAGGAGUAAUCCGACAGAGCCCGUACGGAAACGGGCUGCUGAACAACCAUCCGGCUGUGGUGGAAUUUGCUGAGGAACUCUACCAGGCCGGCAACCGUUCGCCAUAUCUGAUGGCCUUCCUGAUCGACCUCUACCAGGAGCAGACAAUGCAGAACGAGUGUAGUGACCGCGAACAGAAAGCCCGCAAGGUGUAUGACCUAUGCGACGACAUGGCUAGCAAACACGAUGUGAUUCGGCGCAAAUACUGGCAGUAUGUAGCCAAUCAUUUGAAGGACCAGCUGAACAAGAGCUCUGAGAAGGCGAAUCAAUAGUUCCAUCAGUUCCAUACUUGGCUUCGUCUUAGUUUUAAUCUAUUUGCGUACUUAGGCCUUCUUUAUACAGAAAUAAAUUUAAAUUGUAACCUACCCAUCAGCCAUGUUGCAAGCCCCAAACUCAGAACAUUUCCACAUCCAUAUAUCAUCUUUCAUGCAUGUUUAUGUGAGUGUGCGAGAGCUUUUUUGUUUGCCGCAUUGCUUGCUUUGCCUUGCCACACCGCUGCCAUGUCCAUGCAUUGUUUAUCUAAGCGCACCGGCGUGUUUGUACACGUAAAUUUCAUUAAAUUAACAAUGAGGCAGAGAUAAGUUUAGCGCAGUAUGUACUCUAGCUGGGAAGCUCUGUUCUCUGUUUUGAGUGGCAGAAGUGAGCCCAUAAAUUAUAGAAAAUAAUUUUAUGUUAUGUUUGGUAAGAACAAUCUUUUGUGUGAAAGUCUCUAGGUCAGCUACAAAUUGUUGUGGGAAAAUGGAUGAUACUUUUCUUCAGAGCGUUAAAAAUUGCUUGAGACAGAAAGGAAAAUGUAGUCACAGUCCCAUUUUUAGUAUGAAUUAGUUAGUAUUACGUAAUCGCUUAUCAAGGAUGCAUAAACAAUUGGAUCAGAAAAAAGAAGGGUCAGGUGUAGCUAGUCAUAAAUUAGACUUAAGCUCCUGCUGGGUCGAUGUCGCUUGAAUCGCAACCCGAAAUCAAUUUCUAAGAUACUUUUAAGAGUUGUAAGCUACUAGGGUAGGGCAAAUUACUAUAUAACAUCCUCUCUAAAAGAGCAUCAUACAAUAUGUGUUCUGUUAUUAUCUGUAACGAGCCCUUUAUCGACUGCUGCUGUAAUUUGUUUGUUAUCUGUUUCGUUUGGCGAAGUGGUGGUGGCGGUGAAGGCAGGAAACACCUUCAGUUGCUGUCUCAAUAUUGUUAUUUAUUUAAAUUUGUUACUUGUAUUUUUUUGUUUGUUUUUGGUUUUGUUCGAGUACAUACAAUAUAGCAGUUUUGUAAUAUA